AUGGCCGCCGCCGGCGUGCCAUUCUCCAUCCGGGGGUACGCGGCGCGGGCGCGGGCGGGGGCGGCGGACGAAGGGGGGAGAUGCUGGCCGUUCGCGGGGAAGGCGGGGGCGCUGCCGCCGAUGGAGGUGAGGGGGUUCCGGUGGUGGGAGGACGAGGCCGCCGCGCUGGCCGAGGAGGAAGGGGAGGAGGAGCGGAGGCUGGCGGCCAAGCGGCGGAAGCGCUCCAUCGUCGAGCUCUUCGCCGCCGUGCCCAAGGUCGUCGCCGCCGCCGACGAGGGGCUCGGGAGGGGGAAGCGUGUCAGGAGGAAGCUCGACAAGGGGGACCCGCCGGCGGUCGGGGUUGAGGCGGCGAAGAAGAAGGGGUUCAGGAAGCAGAAGGUUCUAGUUGAGAUCGGCGUCAGAAAAAAAGGGAAAAAUAGCAAGACAAAAGUCACCUCAGCUAGUAUGUCGCAGUUGUUUCAAAAUGCCAUACAAAAGCAGAAGAAAAAAUCUCUUAGCAAGAAAAAAGGAGUUCCAUUGGAAAAGAAAAGCAUGAAGGGAAACAAAACAACAACUUUAAGCAGCCAGAAGACUACAAAGAGUAGCUGUCAUGUUCAAAGCAUUCUUAAGAAACAUUUGAAAACAGGAGUGGGCACACUACUAAAAAACACAGAUGUUAUGUCUCCAUCAAAGUCUUUACUCAAACCAAAGCGUGUUACCUUUUCUGAUGACAAUGACAUACUUGGAAGGACAGACUCCCAACUUGGAGAUGGCACAGAGAAAUCACAGUUGUUACAAACAUCCCAACAACACUACAAGGAUGGUAAAUCUCAGGGAGGUGACAAUCACUGCAGUACAUAUGAACCACAGUUCUCGUAUCAACGAGCAGGUGCUAUCGUGGAUAGUGUUGAGGAGGAUACCAGCUCUACUGUUCUGCUUACUAAAUCAAAAGAGAAAACUAUAUUGGCCAAUCCAGUGGAUCUGAAUCAUUGCUUAGAGAUAUCCAGUAGUGGUAGCUGUUUGAACUCUAUUAAUUCAGCUGUCCUAUCAGGUCAGGUCCUUCCCCAAAACUUUGCUGGUGUGGGCUCUAUUCCGAAUGAAGGCUCAAAUGUUCAUGUUGGAUUUCAAGCAGAAGAAAAUCAUCAUAAAUACCACGGAUCAUCUGUUGGUGCUAGUUUAGCAGUCAAGGCGAGAUCAAGCGAUCUUAUUAGGCGACAACUGCCUGAACCUUCUAGUUCUUGUUUUGUUGCUUCUCUCCGUGUAAAUGAUGGGAACAGAAGCAAAAUGCUUCAGGAAAGGUUGACAGCACUUCAUCCUAGGCUUAUUAGAUCGAAAGACAUGGUGAACAGCAUAAGCUCUUCUGCAGGAUCAAACAAAUCAACCGAUGCACAAACUCCAAAUUGUGUAUCUGCAUGCAGGAACAUGCAUAGUGAAGGCUAUCAGGGGCUUCCUCUUAAUUCACAUGGUGAAUUUGUCAAGCUUCAUCCUAGUGGCACAAUCGAUCCUAAUGGGAUGUUUAAGAGACAAUUUCCGGUAGGGGAUUACGUAAGACCUUCAGCAUUUCCAGCCUUUAUCACACCUGAAACUUGCGUGGAUUAUGCCCAUUUAAAAAGCAGCUAUCAAGGACCACAAUUUUGUGCAGUAGAUACAUUUGAUUUUCAGUCAGAGCCUUAUCAUUCUCCUACAGCAUCAGCUGCAUAUGGUAUGGGUUUCAGACAGUCACCAAGUUCUGAAAGAAUGGAGGUACAUGGUUAUGCAGUUCCUAGCAAUAACGAUCCAUACAGCAACCAGCAAGAGCUUUCAGUGGGAUGCUUUUGCCCUGCAUUCACGGGACAAGGUAAUCAAACACAUAAGCCACUAGAGAUGCAAAAUUGCUUUCCUAGUCAGCAUUAUGAGCAGAACUCCCAGCCAGCUCCUGAAACAACAGUGCGCCUGAUGGGCAAAAACUUCACUCUUGGAACCAGCAGUAACCAAUUCAGAGGUCUAGAUAACAAGAAUCCUUGUCCAAGUAAACAAAGUAGAGAUGAAGAUCAUGGUACGUCCGCAAAAGCUUUUUCUCAGUUGUUUCAUGGUACGCGUGUUGAGCCUCCUAGCACAUUGAGAAAUUCAAAUGGAGGGGUGGAACAUCCAUCACGUUUUUCUUCUGUUCCGGAAGCUGAACUAAGGUGUGGUCUUGAUUCCUAUAGUUUCAGAACAAGUGAUCGCUAUCAACAACCUCAUCUAGCUGUUCAAAAUAAGCUGUAUGUUAACCCAGUGAGCAGGCACAAUGAGUCUGAGCCAUGGCAGCAGCAACUCCAUGUGGAAAACCAUAUUCUUGGUGCUUCUGAACCCCAGCUCCUUGGUACUAUGCACCUCAGACAGAGUAAAACUGCUGCAACAGUGCCAUCUUACAGUCCAAAGCAUAACUUUAGCAACUUAGUGGAAAUAAGGCCAGCACGUUCUCAGUUCGCUUAUUUUCCACGGCAAAACGUAACACAGAGGACUCCAAUAUCAUCUUUUUUGUCUGGUUACGCUGUUCAGAGCAGUCCUGGUUUGACAACUCCAACAAAGUUUACCUCCCUCCGUCCAUUGCCCCCUUCAGUUACAUCUUCUCAUGUUUACAGCAGUGAAGACGCACAGCCUCAUGGAUCUGUUCCUCCAUUUUAUCCAUCAAUUGCCUUGUCUGAUCAGGCAAGCAAAAAUUGUGAUCCUGGUGAUCUCAAAGACAAUAGGAGCAUGCAGCAGACUCCGAUAACAUCAAAUCAUGAUAGUUCUGAACAAUUGAACAGAGGUUUCAAAAGGCCAGCAGUAGAGGAUGAUGUGUUCCUGAAACCAAGAAAAUCUUUCAUAGCAGUAGGAAAGGACCUAAAUCUGUUACCACUUCAAGAAGAAAGGCUGGGAUUGUGUGGGUCUAGACCAGAUGCACAACUGCCUGUUUGUCUCAGCAAAGAUUCUGAAGUGGAUGUUCAACUUUUAAACAACGAUACGCAGAUCGCGUGGUCUGAUUCUGUCAAUCGGGUAAGAACAAUUCUACCUGUUAAGUUGAGAUCUGGAGCGAAGCAUAUACUUGAGCCAGGUGCUAGUCCUACUGCUACCUUGGGCCAAGAGGAGUCAUGGCCUUUGCAUUCGAUUAAAACUUUUGUAGUGGAGGAUGAUGCUCACGCAGUAGGCACAUCAAAGAAGAGAGACGAAGAAAUUUGCAGAGUCUGAAGAAAUUUGUGAGUGAUGAUAAGGAACUUCAUUUGCGGUACAACCUGAAACCAGUGUCGCCGAAAACAAAUCAUAGUUUCGGCUCAUGACAGGUAUGUGCAAAGGAAUACAUGAGAAUUCUCAGGCGUUCACAAGGGGAAAAUGAUGGUAUAUGCAUCAAUGCAUGUGGUAGUUUCUGAGUAUGUUCAUUAUGGACUGCAUUAAUUACUUCACAACAAGCAAUCCUAUGACGAGCAUGCCAGAUAGUAAUGCACUUCAUAUGCCGUGCAGCACUUUUUUCCUCUUGCAUUUCUGUAAUCAAUUUCCUUUCUUGAUCUCUCGUACAAACCUCGUGAAGCCUUCAGGAAACAGAGAAAUGGCCUAAACUAGUUGGGCCGUAUAUGGCCUUUACCUGAAAGGACCACUCGUAUUUAUCAAACAUGUUAUUCUUCACUUGAAUCGGUUGGUCGCAUUGCCUUGCACUCUA